AUGAAUACAGAAUGUUCAGUAUUAUUUCAUGUGACUGUAAGAACAACUCUUUCUUAGGUUGUCGGAGUAAUUGGUAACUAAGAAGAAUUGGGGAGUUGGAAUGAGAAAUGCUUGUGCAUUCUAAAAACAGAUCCUUAAAUAUUUCCAAAAUGGGUGGCUGAAAAACCAAUAGCAUUUAAGCAAGGGACUAAGUUGGAAUUUAAAUUUGUGAUUUUAGAUAAUGGGACAGCAAUUUGGGAAGAAUUACCUCAGAAUCGAAAGUACAGGUGCAGAUACUGGAAAGUAAUAUUGACGGCCGAUUGGAAUAAUUACGAAGGGAAGGAAUAUAUUGAAAAGAGAUUCAAGUCGAGUGUGUGUUUGGAUCAGGAGAUAUUGAGUUAAUAUACUAAGCCAAGAUUGAGUGAUCAAUUUGAUCCAUUCAAUUAGGCCAAUGACGAUUCGGAGGAUUCCGUGGAUGGGUUUGAUAGUUUUGCAAAGGAGAUAGCAAACAGAAACGAUUCAGAAAGCUCGGAAUCGGAGGAGGACAAAAAGAAACCAACUGUGGAGCUAAAUAAGGAUAGCGAAUUUUCAUCGCUUUAUUAGUUGUAUACGGAGAAUCCCAAAUUCAGACAGCUGAAGAAUUUUAGUUAAAAUGACAUUUUAUAUGAAAUAAAUGAUGACCCUUUGAUUGGACUUAGUGACGAGGAUUCAUUACUAAUAUCAACAUAUUAUCUACCUAUUGUUAUAAUUAAAUAAACUGAUGGAUCUUACUAAAGAAGUAAUUUCCAGCACUCAUUUAGUUUGCAUUUGCUAUUUGGAGUUCAAUAAUUUAAAAGAAUUUGGUUUGGAUUGCCUAUCGUUUUGAAUGAAUUAGGAGAGAAGAUUACUGAUCAAAGUGUGGAAUUAAAGAACUAUUUAAAACAGUUUGGAUUUGUUCCUGUGUUUGUCAAUCAGGAAUGUUUGGAUUAUUUCAACAAAGAAUUCUGUAGUAAACUAUAUUAAGCCAUUAUGAACAAUGAUGUCAGUAUCACAAAACUAGCAGCCCUUGAGUAUUCAGAUUACAUGCAAGAAUGCUUUAAAAAACUGAAUGAUGAAUUUUUUCAAGAAAUUAAACCUCACAUCAAUCAACAUUCAAUUGCAUUGAUAGCCGAUUAUAGAUUGUUAUAUUUGAGUCAAAUCUUUGUGAAUCACAAAUUUACUAGAUUGCCUUUAGUGAUCUUUUACAAUAGAUUGUUCCCUCAUUUAGAUAAUUUGAAAUUGAUUCCAUUUUUCCAUGAAAUCAUAAACUCAUUUCUACAUGCCAAUGUCAUUUGUUUUAGCAAUUAUAAAACUGCAAAUGAAUUCUUAACUGUUAUGAAGGAUAUCUACAAGGUUGAGUAUCACUCAUUCAAAGGCAAUUUAGCAUUCCACUAUUAUGGAAGAGAAAUCUUGGUGAAACUACAAAAUCCAGGCAUAGAACUCACAGCUUGUGGAGAAAAACGCUACGAAAUAGGUGAACUUCAUUAUGACAAGGUAGAAAAUGAUAACGAAAUAAAAAUAGUGGGAGUUGAUACAUAUGGACACCAAUCAGGAGUUGAAUUGAAAUUUAGACAUCUUCUCAAAUUCAUUAAGGAAACUGAUAUCAUCUAGAAGAAUCCUCAUAUCAAAUACAUACAGAUUCUCUUGAAGGCCUUUGAAGAUCACGACAUUAAUGAGCAAAGAGUCUCAUUGCUCAAUCAGAUCGAGCAAAUCAAUUCUUAUCUGUACCCCAAUAGAGACAACUACUUUGUCAAAUUGAUCGAAGAAGAAAUGGAUUCUAAACAUCGUUUUAAAGUAUUUGAAAAGGCUAAGAUAUAUCUGCAAUGUAAAUAUAGUGGUAGACACGACUUUUAUUUAUCAGAGUAUAUUCAUUUAAACAAAAUGCCUAUUGCUUUGAUUAGUGAUUCAAGUUGUUAUCAUCGUGGAUUUCAAUCCAUUGUAACAUUCAAUGUGUUUUCACAUAUUGAUUUUAAAGAGAAGUUUGCAGAUUUAUUAAUAAAAGUAAUUAACAAACAAUAUUAAUUCACUUAAUUGCACAAACUUAAAGUAGAGAAAGAUUAAUUGAUAAUUCGACAAAACUAAACAUCUUAAUGGAUAGAAAACAUUUUUAUUGAUGCCAAGAAGGCUGUUUCAAUGCUCAAAUUUGCUUAGAUUAGUCUACGUUUUCAAGAUGGAUUGAUGAUUAAAGUGGCACAUAAUUUGAAAUUUCAGCAUCUGGAUAUCUAGUCUGUAGCAAAAGCAUAUUAGCAAUCAACUAAGCCAAUCAUCAUAAUAGAGUUUGAAACUAUUGUUACAGAUUAAUACUUUAUUGAUUACAAACCCAAGCAUUUUCUUUAGCAGAGUCCUCAUUUGAAGGGGAAUGAGGAAGCAGUUAUGAUUAGAUAAGUCGAAUAAGAAUUAUUGAAUAGGAUUAAGGAAUUGUCAAAAACGAAUAAAGUGUAUAUUGUAUCAGGUGGAUUAUUUAAUGAAUUGUCUUCUAUUUUUAGUGGCUACAAUAUAAGCUUAUUUGCAGAAAACGGGUUUUUGUAUAAAUCAGACUAAUUGCAAUGGAAUGCCCUAUUUAAUUUGGAUUAUUAAUGUCUGAUUCAGGUAAGGAAGAUAUUCAAUUAAUAUGCCAUGAAAACAGAAGGAGCCUUGAUUGAAUCCAAAGAAAGUUCAAUAAGCUUGAAACUUAUGAAUUCAGAUGAAUACGUUUAAUAGCUGAUAUAGGAUCUAGUUGAAAAUGUCUAAAUGAUAGUGGAUAGAUACCCCACAUUCUAAUUAAUAAUAGGAUCUCAUUCAGUAGAGGUAAGUCCUAAAAAUCUAAAUAAAGGAAUGAUUUUGGAAAUCAUUAUGCAGAAGGAGAAUUUAUAAAGAGGCAAAUUGGAUUUUGCUCUUAUUAUAGCAAGAGGGAUACAAAACGAGGAUAUCUUCUCUCACUUUAAGGUUAUUACUUAGAGUAGAAAGUAUUUUAGUGAAAAUGCUAGUCUAUUUUCAGUUUCCCAGGGACUUAUGCCAUCCUAUGCAAAUUAUUAUCUAAAUAAUCAACAAGAACUUAUUUAAUUAUUUAAGACUAUUUGA